AUGAUCCGGCCGGAAACCCUCAUUGGCUUGGCGGCACUUCAUCCCGACCCCUCGAGCAAGACGCUGCAGGGCCUCAGCGUUUCCUCGCUCUACAGUGCAGGGGAUGACUUCACUGAAGAGGAUCAGCAGGCAGUGAAAGAUUUCAGGGCUGCUGCACGCAGCUGCUAUUCGAAACUCAGCAAGAAAGCUAAGAGCAAGUUGGUCGAGGUCGGGGAUCAGAUUUUUGGUUCUGCCGAUGACGACGCCGAUGCCGAGAAAGUGCACGAAGAGGAAAUGGAAGCCAUGAGCUCCUUCUGGGAAGCUGCCACGAAAGCUUCGGUAAGUGCGGAUUCCUUGGAAAGCGCCUACAAUCUGAAAGCAGGCAACUGGCUGGGGAAUGGCAAGUGGGGAUGGGUGAUGAUGGCGCCAAAGAAGGGGUCGGACAAGCAGGCGGUGCUGAAGCUCAGCGACGUGCACCACGCAGAUGUUAACGCAAAGGAGUGGGUUUAUGGGAGCAAGAUGGGCAAAGGUCACGAGAACAUAGUGCGAUAUGAGGAGGUCUUCCUUUAUGCAGAUGACAACGGGGUACUGAAGAAGUGCCUUCUCGAUGGCUACGCAGCAGGAAAGUUGAAGUCGGAUAUUCAGCGCAAGAGCUUUCCCACACACUACGUGUGCAUGACAAUCGAGAAGAUGAAUGCCGGAAGUGUGCAGCACUGGCUUGAUAAAGAGCUCCUGAGCCCGGAGGGGAUGAUGGUCAUCUUGCAAGAAAUUGCAGCCGCCCUGGCCUACAUGCAUGAGAACGGCAUUACCCAUAAUGACAUGAAGCCCGAGAACAUCUUCUUGCACAGCAAAGGCCGCUACAUUCACUCGAAGCUCGGUGACCUCGGCCUGGCACAGAAGUCCAAGAACCGGACCUCCGAUGUCACACGAUAUGGGAUGACCGGCUUUUGCAUGGCUACAGGCGAACACUAUGGCACACGGCACUACUCGAAGGACAAAGUUUCGACCUUCGUCUCAGAAGUGGAAGCCUGUGUGAGCGGAUGUGGGCUAACAGGGAAGCUGGGCAACGCUCUCCAGGAUCUGCCAAAACUCCUGGACCAGGUACUGUCCGAAAAAGCGACCAUGAAGCAAGUCCGGGAUUGGCGCUCGAUACAGGGCUUCCAGUUUCUCGACGACAGCUCCUCAGGCCUCACGCGAUCGAGUUCCGAGACCUUCGUUGGCAGCAAGGUUCCAGAGGAGAGUUCUGGAGCAUCUGGCGGCUACAAUAGCCGGGUCACGGACAGGAGGACCUCCGUUGAAAAGUCCAGAUCCUCCGUGGACCUCACGGCGAGAGCGAGAAAGAAGAUCGACAUCGACACAGAGUGGCGGACAUGCUUUGAAGACAGGGGCCGCCUGAUUCGUGCCAGCAGAAACUUCGACAGCCCCGGGAGUAAAGGUGCAAAGGCUACCAAGGAUGACGGUCAGCAAGUGGCAAAGCAGAAGGCCCGCGUUCUGAAGGUCUUAGUCCGGCUGUGGCUGUACUGUUUCCUGCGGAACCACUCGAACGAAAACUUCUUCUACACGCGGGGAUACAUGGACAUCAUCGACGACAUGAAUGGGCGGGGUUUGGGAGCCUCCGACGUUUUUGUCACGCUUCUAAGUCAGAAUCGGGACCUCGUCCGCAAAGUGAAGCCCGAGACUGUUACAAGGUUUCUGAAGUUCAUCCGGAUUCUUGGGCCCCUGGACACCUGGCUGCAUUUCCUGAAGGCCUUGUGCGAUCCGCAAAACGGUGGAGCUUUGAGUGACAAGCAGCAGCUGGUCCUCUCCAAGAUUGCCUUCCCAGGUCUAUUGGCUCCUCAGCAAGACAAGACCGCGGUGGAGCGCAACCGAGAGGAGCUCAUGAUCGCUCUUGCACUUGAAGGGCCGAUUGGAAAGCCGCUAGUGCGUCUCGGCCAAGUGGAUCCCAAGGACUGCUUGGGCACCCCACUGCUCACCCACGGGAUUCACGAUGUGGCUAUCGCAUGGGCGCAUCCAGCAGCAUGGGAGGUUGGAAAGGUGCUGUACCACGGUCCCGAACAGCUGAACCUUCCGAGGUCGAAAGUGGGUCUCCUUGGCACAAGUCGUCUGGGUCCUGCAGCCCAAAGAGCUUUGUCAGGAAGUAACGGGCCAAAGCUGGGCGACAAUCUUGCAGACAGAGGCGAAAGCAGUGAGCAGCGCCAAGAUCUCGGAAGUUGGAGUCAUGCCGGGGAAAUGAGAGGAACUUCCGCUCUGCAGAACAAGGUUCCACGGGAAGUGGGAAGUGUUCCAAGCAGGGCCCGUGUAGAUGACGUCAUCUCGACUGAUACUUUCCAGUUGAUGUGGCUCAGCCCCCGGAGCACUGCCAGGGAUGCGGGCAACCCUUUCGAUGUCUCCCGGAUCGACCUGCUCCGGCUGUUGGCCCGAUAUUGCCAGGCCCAGCUGCAGCUGGUGGCAUCUUUGGCCAAGGACCGGCAGAUGAACAGCAUCAUGGCAUUGCAGGAGGAAUAUUCCUACAAAGUUUGCUUGAGUGGCGCUGCGGACACCAGAUUGCCGUCCAGUAUCCGUGCGAGCUUUUUCGACCUCUUAAUGGCACUCUGGGUGGAUAGGCAUCCGCACUACCAGGCCUCGCCUGAUGCGCUCUGCGCGUCCUGGCCAGGACAGUAUCAGUAUAGAAUAUGUGAGGAUGGAGCGAGUGAAAUGCCCGGAGGGCAUUCCAAGAUCGGCAUAGACCAUGCGCUGUCCCAGAGUGCUGGUAUUAUGCGAGUGCCUUCGCUCGAGAAGUUAGACAUUGGGAAGCCGCAAAACGAACGGGAGCUCGCUGUCCUAUCCAGGAGUUUACAAACGAAGGUGUCACGCGGCUUCUUCAGUCGUCACCCAGACAGCGAUGCGUCCCUCCUGAUGUCAGCAGAACGAGGCGAUGCUCUUCAGCAUCUCCCCAGCACUUGCACCAACGGAACCCUUCGGCUCGCCGGCAAGUACGAGGUUAGAGAGGUCGUCGCGUUUCAAGGAGAUUGCGACAUCGUCGGUGACGGCGCAGAGCUGAAACUUUACGAGCGUUUGAUCUUCAAUGGCAGCGUGCACUUCUCCGGCGUCAUCAGAGUCUCCGCUCAGCGCGCUUUGCUUGGGGCCUGCCUGAAGGUAAGAGGCAACUGCACCGUAACGAAGAGUGCAGAAGUGGCCUUCCGGGGCUGCAGCAACGAAGCUGUCAUUGGAGGCAAGAGAGUCGGAAACAAGGGGGACUUCAACAGCCGCAGAGGCAGCAGAGGCCUGCAAUAUGUGGAACGAGGAGGGGGUCUCAACGUUUUGGGAGCCCUUCAGAUUCUCGGGAAUCUGAGCUUUCACAACUGCCACAGCUUGGGAAGUGGAGGCGGCGCAGCCAACGUCAGGGGUCCAGUGCUGCAAGAGGGCGGAACCCUUGUGGUGACUGAAUGCUCAUCCGAAAUGCCUGGAGGCGGCAUCUAUGCUCAAGGAGGCUUUGACCAGUCUGGCGGAGAUGUGCAGAUCUCGAGAGUCAGAGCAGGCAACAAUGGAGGUGCCAUCUUGGCAAUGGGACGGUUCAGCCAGUCUGGUGGCACAAUGCUUAUCCAAGAAAGCACCAUCACGAACGGUGAAGGAGGAGGUGCCAUUGCCACUGCUCCUGCUCCUCACAAGCAGACCACCUUCGUCCAGUCUGGUGGCACCCUGCGAAUAGAGCACAGCUCAGCCCCCAAAAGAAGUGACAAAAGAGGAGGAGGUGGAGGAGCCGUUUUCACGCACUUCUUCUACAAGUCCGGUGGCCAACUAGUAUUCAACAACUGCUCGGCGGUGUCUAACUCCAAAGCCGACAGGUUAGGAGGUGCAAUGUUCGCAAAGGGUGGCUUCAGCAUGUCCGGCGGCUACUUUCGCGCUGAAGACUGCUCCGCAAAGAAAUAUGGAGGUGCACUCCAUACUUACGGCAACAUGAGCGUCUCUGGGGGCGAACUCGUGUUCGAGAGAUGCUCCCUGACGCAUCUCGUGAAGAAAGCCAAAAAGAAGAACAUUUACCAAGAGGAGAAUCAGAAGAAGCGUGGGCGGACCAAUGGAGGUGCCAUCAACGCCGUAAACUUCAUCCAGUCGGGCGGCACGGUGCGGAUUGCAGACUGCGCCACUGACGAAGGGAAGGGUUAUGGAGGUGGUCUUAGUGCCCUUCAGAGUCUCACGCUGGCUGGUGGCAUUCUGGACGUCAGACAAUCUUCUUCAUCCUAUUAUGGAGGUGGCGUGUACACCAGGACCUUUACACAGCUGGGCGGCAUGCUGAAUCUGCAGCAUUGCUUUGCAGUUCAAGGAGGCGGCAUCUAUGUGAACGAUGGUCCAGCCAAUCAGAUUGCUGGGAACAUCUCCGUGCUCGGUUGCCAUGCAUCGGGACAGGGCGGAGGAAUAUUAAUACACAACAGUAGCUUCAGUAGCCACGGCUACUUGGAUGUCCAGCAAUGCAUGGCGUUUGGCGACAAAGGUGGCGGCCUCUUGGUCGAUAGAUCCAGUGUCAAUUUAUCAGGGCAGGCAUCGUUUGUAGACUGCAGUGUUGAAAAUGGAGAUGGCGGCGGCAUUUAUUCCCGCGGCAACAUUACGAUCACUGGGCCAGCAACAUUCAAGAAUUGCGACGCCAAGUACAAAGGUGGCGGCUGCAUCAGUUGGGAGUCCGUGGAAAUGCAGAAUGCCACGUUUGAUCACUGCAAGGCAGUUGGUGCUGGGCUUUGGGCUAAACAAAGCAUCAAGAUUGCAUCGACGACUUACAUUGGCGAGCCUCAACCACCGCGUGGUGCAAACAGCUUCAUAAAGUGCGACCAGAAAGGAGCCAUGUCCUUCGAUGUCGUGUAUUGCCCCAGAGGCUCCGGCCUCCGUGUCGGUGUCCGAGCAAUGGGAUGUUACAUGUGCAACCCUGGCCGCACACGGCUUUCGAGCAGUGGCAACGAUGUCUGCGUGGACUGUCCGGAAGAAGCGACUCACAAUUGCACGCCAACUGAACUUGCGCUGCUGCCUGGCUUUAUGGCCCAGCUCGAGGAUCCCAGGAAUCUCUCGCGGAUUUUCCGCUGCCCAAACGAGAAAGCAUGUCCGGGGGGGAUCGUCGCCGCAGCUGAGUCGUUCGGCCAACCACCGGAGACAGUCCAAGCCAUGUGUGCGUCUGGAUUUGAGGGGUUGGGGUGUUUGCAGUGCAACGCGUCGUCCCAUGCCAGAUCCGACAACAGUGUGUUGCAGUGCAUCAAAUGCGAAGACUCCUUCAGUCAGGUGGCUACGCAUGUGAUGUUCUAUGUCGGAAAGGACACCCUUCUGUUCACUUCAGCUGCCCUCAGUGUGCUCAACGUGGGGUCUAAGAAGACCAGCAGUGGAGUCUUGAUCAACCAGCUUAUGGCCUUCGCAGCAGUGUCAGGGAGCAUAAUGUCUGGGGUGAUGCAAACGCAAUCCUUCCGCACACUCAAACAGAGCACCCGGGAAUGGUUGAACGGCCUGGGCUUGGCUGUGGAUACGCUGCAGGGAACGAGCGGUUCUGCCGGCAUGUCCCUCGAAUGCAUUGGCGGUGACUUGGGCCUUGGCAAGUCCCUUCUCCAUGCACACCUUCUCUCUUGCAUCACGCCGCUCAUCCUCAUCGUCUUCCUGGCCAUCAAAAGGGACCCCUGGUUGGCGAUGGUGGUUGGGACCAAUGUCUUCCUGCCGGGCUUCGUGGCCUUCUUCGGGAAGUAUCUGGUAAUGCUCAGGCUGCGGCCAGAGGGCGAAGUCGGAGGAGAGAUGCGUUAUGAGUUCCUGCCACCAAUCCUGCAGUCGCCGAACGAGGUGAUUACACUCAUCAUUGUGAUCGUGUCGGCUUGCUUCUCCCUGGCCAUAUACGGAUGGGUGCAUGCCGUGCUUCGAAGGGAGGAGCCGCCCCCCGUACAUGUAGCAUAUCUGAUGCUGCCAUACAAGCCCGAGUUUGCUUUCUGGGAGGUCGAGCGGCUGGUGCGGAAGAUGCUCCUGGUGCUCGUCAGCUCGAUGCUGCCCACGGCAAUCUCUCCCGCUUUGCAGAUGGAGGGGAUCGCACUUGUCCUACUUUGCUCAUUGGGUCUCUAUGCCUCGUUCCGGCCCUACAAGGCGGACGCCUGGAACCUGGCUGAGAUCUCGCUGCUUCUUGUGGCCUUGGCCAUUGCAGGGUUGACGACCUGCUUGCUCGCAAACGAUCUCCACUGGGCGCACUCAGAAUCAACACAAGUCGUAUUGAUCUACCUGAUCUGUUCACUGGCUGCAGGAAUAUCAAUCGGGAUGGCUGUGUUGAUUGCUUUCGCCCUGCUGCGUGAACGCCGCGAGCGCAAGCAGCAGGAAUUUCGAAUGUCUGAGACGAGCGGCAGGGAUGGGGAGUUUGCGAUGUCCGCCUUUGGCCCGGAGCGCUGUCAUGCGCCAAAGAUCGCCGACUACGUUCGCUUGGCACCUCUCUGCAUUGCCAAUGGCGCCGUUCCAUCUCGCAGCGAGACUAUCAUUCUGGAACGGAGCGCCGCCGUGCAUGGCUACUCAUUCCGUGCUGUUGGACUAGGUGAGCCGUUCACCGGAGUUGGCAUGAAGCUAAUUCUUUACGACAAGGCCUUGACUGAGAUGGUUGGUCGCCAGAUCCCGCCCAACGAGCCGGUUUUGCUUCUCGACGCUUGGGACACCAUCAUAUUGGGCCCCGCAGAGGAGUUCGCCGAAAAGCUGCUAGCUAGCAACAUUCUGUCCAAUGGAGUGGUACUUUGCGGUGCAGAUCGUAUUUGUGCCCCGGAUUACAAAAUGGCACCCAAAAUGGAGCGGCAUUUUCCUGACAUACAGACACCAUGGAAGUAUCCCAAUUCGGGAUGCAUGGUGGGCACGGCGGCGGCUAUGCGAGCUUUCAUUCAUGGCUUGGUCCAUGGGACCGACGGUGGGUCAUACACAGCUCACGACGACGAUCAGCUUCGCGUCCAGCAGUUUCUCCUCGGUUGGCAGGAACAAGGUAUACGCUACCCUUUUCAGCUCGACACAGACUGUUUUGUCUUUCAGAACAUGGGGGAACCGGAAUGCGGCUGGGAUUUCGAAAAGGGGGAUGCUCAAGGUCCCCGCAUUCGAAAUCUUACUACGGGUCACCGGCCCCUGGUCGCCCACGGCUGUGGUGGCCAUGGCCGGUGGUUCCUCGCAGAUAUCUACCGGGAUCUGGACUUAUUGGAAUUCUUGAAGAUUUCACCGGACGACCUCGCCGGAAUCCCCUAUGCUGGCCUGGUGCCCCCUGGUGACGAGAUGAAGGAAGAGUACUGGGUCGAUCAACCUCCCUGGGAAUUCCCCUUCCAGGCUUUUGAGGUGAUCCGUGGUGUGGCUCUCCGUGAGGAGCACGAGGCUCAGGAUCGACUCUUGGAGGGAUCGAAGAGGCUGGUGCUGACGGUCUUGUCUUUCUACAACUUGCGGACGACUGAGAAGCUGGAGGGCCUGGUGCAGGCCGUUUGCCACUACCUGACGGGCGGUCCCAAGGUUGAGCACCAGGUUCACAGCCAGGAGGAUGACAACAAGCUCACGUUGGAUGUGGACAAUUACUUCAUGCUCGAUAUGGAGGGUGCGCAAGAGGAAGGGGAAGAGGAGCUUGAACAGCCUCAGGAAGGCCAAGAUGGCGAAGCAGAAGCAGAGGCAGACCUCGGGUGGGCAGUCGACACCGCUGCGGACAACCGGGAUGUGACGGCAGAUGUCUUGGACACCGACUUCGAGGAGUAUGCCGCAGACUUAGAAGCGCAAGCGCAGCUGCAGAUGGAAGCGGAGGUGGACGCCCAAGCAGAGCUUGCUUUGGCUGAAGAGGAUGCCCGCGCACAGGAACUGGCCCAGGAGGCAGCAGCGGUGGCAGCGGCCUUCGGGGUGGAAGACGAGGUCCCAAACUUCGCAAUGGAGUUUGCUCCAGAGAAUGGGACGCCCGUCCACAUGCAGCAUGAGGCACUGGACUUUGAGGCAGCUGGGGAAGCUGAGCCCGGGGAAGAGGAGGCUCCCGAGCAGGCUGACACAGAGGAGGUCGCUGAAGGCGAUGCAGAGAUGCAAGAGGACGAGGCACACAGGGCGGAUGAAGCCGGCGACAGUGCUGCGGUAAGCUUGCAGCCAUCACGGAAGCGGUCUCGCGAUGCAGCCUUUGCGGAAGCGCAGGAGCUCCUGGUGACGGUCACACCAGCAGCUUUGUUGGGGAAGCUUCGGCGCCUGGACCCAAUGACGGGCAUCGACGAGUAUUACAUGGUAGAGGUUGAAGGUCAGCAACAGUUGGAGGGCCAGGCCCUCGCCGAGGACUUCCAACUCACCCGGGACUUCUACUCCGCACAGGCGCUGGAGAACUCCCUGGUGUCGAUGCGUGCCGCAGUGCAGCGAGUGCAGUCACGAGUGAAGAUCCCGGAGAACAGCAGCAUAAUAGAAGUCCUUCCAGGCCGCAUCUUUCUUGGCGAUGCUGCUGCAGCUCGUAAUAUCCCGGCCAUUCUGCAGAACAAGAUUCAGAAGGUCAUCAACUGCUCUCCACAAACUGUGCGAGACACAGGCCAGGGGUUCUACGGUCCCGGAGUUGAGUAUCUCGAGUUGUGGCAUGAUGACUUUGAGGACUAUUGCAUCCUGUGCGACUUUGAUGUCGCUUGGUCCUUCGCCUACUCCGACGACUCGAGUGGGCCUGUGCUGGUUCAUUGCGAAGCCGGUGUGAACCGCAGCUGCGCCCUCGCAGUAGCCAUGCGCAUGAGGAUCCUGCUGGAGACGAGCCAAUCUUCAGACCCAGAGAUGCUGUUCAAGUCCUCGUGGUGCCACAUAGCAGCCAGAAAGCAAAGAGUCCUCACUACGACCGGAUUCCAGCGGCAGCUGCUGCUGUUUGCCCGCAUGGGCUGCUGUUGGUUCCCAACUCUGGAUAUGGUUUGGAGAACUGUUCAAGAACGCCACAUGGCACAGUUCCGCGCACUUGCUGAAGACACGGCCAAACAAAUUGUGUGUGCAAACUCGGAUUUUCCGCCAGGGACCUGGUGGCGGGCCAUCGUUUUCAUCAGAGAUGCAACAAUGCGAGGUGAGAAGAAAAUCGAAGGAGGCUACGACCUCAGCACCGACUCCAAGCGCAACAUUGCGGAGAACCGCGUGCGUGGCUAUGCCACAUCAGCCAUGGGCGAAAAGCAGCGCUUGGCACCCUCGCCCAUAAGCCCCAAGCUUUGCAGAGCACAUCUUAAAGGCUCCACGAAGGACAGCAUCGGCUUGUACUGGGUCAUACGUCUGUACGAAAAAGCCAGACGGCUAGGUCGCCGCUCCUUGGUGGUGCGGAGGUGCCUGCAAGCGGUGUGCGUCGCCCGCCAACGAACGAUUCGGCACGCCGAUUCCUCCAAUGUGACGAAAACAUCACCGUCGUAA